GGACUCGAACAUAACAGGAGAGAAAUCUCCUUCAGUCGCCUCCCCUCCACAGCCUAAAAAUAUGAAUUAUCCAAAGCCAUCUUCGCAUCUCCUUCUCUCAUUAUCCCAAACUUCCCCUUCUUUAUCACUCUCCCAAAGAAAUCAAGAAAAAUCAUGCUAUUAAACUUCUCAGCUUCUCGUCCAUAUUCCUCCUCUUCCCUCUCCAGAUUAACCAAUUCAAAGUCACCCUUUUUGGAACCCUCUUUGAAACUUAAAACCCACCUCUUAAAUUCUUUAUCCUCUUCUAUUGAUUGUUCAGUUCCUUCUUCCAGACUCGAUUUUCAGUGCAAGAGCCAGUUUUUAUUCAACAAGAGUAGGUACCCACUUGGUAGGAGGGUUAAUUUCAGGUCAGGUGCUUUUGCUGGAUUGGAUUAUGGAAAUUUCGAGAAUGCCCAAUCGGUGUUGGAGGCGGUUUCGGUGUUGACAGCGAUAAUUAUUGUCCAUGAAAGUGGCCAUUUCCUUGCUGCGUAUCUCCAAGGCAUUCAUGUAAGUAAAUUUGCAGUUGGGUUUGGUCCAAUUUUAGCUAAAUUCAACGCAAAGAAUGUAGAGUACUCAAUUAGAGCUUUUCCGCUUGGUGGGUUUGUGGGGUUUCCUGAUAAUGAUCCGGAGAGUAAUAUUCCUGUUGAUGAUGAAAAUUUGCUUAAGAAUAGACCAGUAUUAGAUAGGUUGAUUGUAGUCUCAGCUGGGGUGAUUGCCAACAUAAUCUUUGCAUAUAUAAUAAUAUUUGUUCAAGUAGUGUCAGUUGGUUUGCCUGUGCAAGAGGCCUUUCCUGGGGUACUUGUGCCCGAGGUUCAAGCCUCUUCUGCUGCUAUCCGGGAUGGGUUGCUUCCAGGCGAUGUAAUCCUUGCGAUCAAUGGAAUUGAAUUGCCAAAAGCAGGAUCUACUGCGGUUACUGAGGUUGUUGAUAUCAUCAAGAGAAAUCCUAAAAGAAAUGUGUUGCUCAAGAUUGAGAGGGGAAAGCAGGAUUAUGAAAUUGGGAUUACACCAGAUGAAAACGUUGAUGGAACUGGAAGAAUUGGUGUUCAGUUAUCACCAAAUAUAAAGAUUGAGAAGGUUGUGGCUAAGAAUCUCUUAGAAGCCAUUAGUUAUGCUGGUAGAGAAAUUUGGGGUCUCUCGUAUAAUGUUCUGGAUGGCCUAAAACAAACAUUUUUUAACUUCUCUCAAUCUGCUAGUAAGGUUGCAGGUCCAGUGGCCAUCAUUGCUGUAGGUGCCGAAGUCGCAAGAUCGAAUAGUGAUGGUCUUUACCAGUUUGCAGCUUUGCUCAAUCUUAACCUUGCUGUAAUAAACCUUCUUCCUUUACCUGCUUUAGAUGGGGGCUCUCUAGCCUUGAUUCUCAUAGAGGCUGCUAGAGGUGGGAGAAAACUCCCUCUAGAAGUUGAGCAGUGGAUUAUGUCUUCGGGGAUAACGCUCAUUUUAUUCCUCGGCUUGUUCCUUAUUGUGAAGGACACCCUAAGCCUUGAGUUCAUCAAAGAGAUGUUGUGAUCACUUACAAGUUGAUUGAAGAUGGAACUUGAUCAGGGUUGAAAAGACAAACAGCUAGCUACGCAGCUGGUUACGAAUCAAUUAUCUGGCUGUAUGAUGUUGCGCGGAGGGGUAAAACCUAGUCCCUCGGAUGCUUGAAAUGACCUGGUAGCUCCACUAAAGAUGUUAUACGUGUUCAAUUGUUUUAUGUAAUAUGGAUCUAUUUUACAGCUCUGUAAGUCAUACCUUACUUCAAAGAUAAUGGUAAGUGGUAGCACUUGAAAUGCAGCCAUGAGUUUGAAUG